AUGGAACGACGAUUAUUGCGAAAACAGGUAUCGGAUGAUGAAAAUAAUGAUGACAUGGUUGAAGUGGACAAGAUCUCUUUUACAAGCUUUGGAAGUUCCGAUGAUGGUGAUCUGCGUAUGUCUGUUCGAGAAAGUCCUGUAUUUUCAAAUUAUUCAGACUUUAAAUCAACGUCUGAGCUUUCGCUUCACUGCCGAGUUAGAUCAGUCUCUGGGAACGAGUCGUCUUCACGUGUCCCGUCUUCCUCUAACCUUGGUGAUUUUUCCUGUGAUAGCCCAAAAAUAGUCACAACUUUGGAAUCUGAAGAUACUGAAGCUACUGUAUCCGCGGAACCAGAAGUUGCUAGUGAACCUGCUGAAGGAUCACCAACUUCAAACGUUUUCCAUACUGACUGGUUGGAUAACUUAUAUUCCAACUCACUGGGUCCCUUGCCAGAAAUUGUUCAAGAACCCUACUGGAAGACAAUGGAGAAAGAGUUAACAGAUUUGCGGCAACGCGAUGCAAGCAUCUCCAAGGAUUUAGAGGAGUCCAAUUCCUAUAUGUAUUCCUUACAAUUGUCGCUUUGUGCUAUGGAAGAGGCGAGGUGGUUGAAUGAGAUUUCGAAAGAUCCUGAGCUGUCAAUGCUUAUCCAUGAGAUUGAUCCAAAGUUCCCUUUGGCCGUCAAUCGUAUGCCCUAUAGUCGUGAUGGUUGCGGGCCGUCCACCUCUGAGGAUCCAGGUGCAAGUCAGGAUCAACCUCUACAAACAUUUGAACCCUAUUUCGAUGCUGCUGAACAACUCGAUGCGAAGCCUGUCUUUUUCGUGAACAAAAGAAGAUCUGUUCGUCGUCACAGAGGUGGGAAUGGUAGUCCAUCUAAAAAGCAUGAGCCAACAUGGAACGAGCUGUCCAAGACGGCUUUGGAAAGUUUUGUCGAAAAGGAAACCAUUAGAGAUCCUCGGAUCGCAAAAUGGAUGGAUGAUUUGAUUCAACACACCGACGACCUCAUGUCUCUUCCUAGCACAUCACAUGAUAAUAAACCAGAGACCAGUGGUGGAAUUAUCACAGAAUCUGAUAAAAGCUCAGAGUGGACUCCACUUUGUGAGGAUUGGAUAUUUACGUUGUGGAAGCAGGACAGUAUCCGGAUGUUUUGCAGCAUCAAGACAAUUCUUGAAGCACAAAAUAAUCGUUGUUCCGGUUGCGGUAUUCGAAUAGAGAAGGAAUAUAUGAAACGGGUCAAAUACUGUGAUUAUUAUGGAAAAGUAUUUUGCCAGUGUUGCCAUCAAGGGUCGAAAUCUAUUAUUCCGGCCAGGAUAUUGCACACAUGGAAUUUCAACGAAUUCCCUGUAUGUGAUCUUGCCUUUCACUUCUUAACCGACAUUCGCGAUGUGCCUGCAAUCAAUGUGUGCUCAGUAGCUCCACAUAUUGUAGAAAAAAUACGGGUCCUAAAACAUGUGAUUGUCUUGCGGGAAAAAUUAGCCUACAUGUGGGAUUAUGUGAAGGAGUGCCCGGAUGCGGAAGAAACAAUAACAAAAUACGGGAAUCUUCGCACACUGUUUACAUCAAUGGAGCAACACCUGCUUCAUUCACUGGAUUUAUUUUCUCUAUCUGAUCUUGUUCGUGUACAUAAUAAGGAUAUGAGCACCUUAUUAGAACCAAUAGUAUAUUUCGCGAAAUGUCAUAUAGAAGUUUGUGAGCACUGCAAAAAAUAUGCGGCCACGUGUGCAUACUGUGAGAACGCUCAAGAACUACUUUUUCCAUUUCAACUGGAGAAAGUGUACAAAUGUGGCACAUGCGGAUCGCUCUCACACUUGAAGUGCCAGACGAAGUUUAGGAGAAAAAUGUCAGUUGACAAAGGUUGCAAAAAGUGUUUUAAAACAGGUAAGGAUAGGUAG